AUGGUUGGUGAACCCGUUCGUCGUCGUGCAACUCGAUUAUUUUAUCGAAGAACAACUGAACCAACUGGUCGUGUAACUCGAUCAGUUCAUCAUAAUAAUACUAAACAACAAGGUGCUCGUGGUGAUACAUCUGAACAAGGUGGUCGUGAUGAUACAUCUCAACAAGGUGAUCGUCGUGAUACAACUCAACAAGGUGGUCGUGGUGAUACAUCUCUACAACCUCGUAAAGAUAUACCUCAAUCAUCUAAUUGUAAUAAUAAUCGAGCUGCUAUUAUUGAUAUACCUCAAUCAUCUAAUUGUAAUAAUAAUCGAGCUGCUAUUAUUGAAAGAGAUGUAAAAGGUAGUGUUGUAACAAUAAAUCGGUUGAAACAUUACAGUUUUAUAAAACGUAGAGAUUAUGUUGACUCGAAAGAUAUUUUCGCGAGAGAUGCGUCGAUCGUGAAUGAAACACGUCAACAGCAAUUAUUUAUAUCAGACUUGGUUAAGUUUGAUAUUAUACAAACUUCACGAGGUCAAGAAGCAGUAAAUAUUAAAAUAAUUGAACGAAAUAUUAAUUCAAUAUCCAAAUUACCGAAGAUUCAAAAACGGGCUCCAAAUCAUGAACAGCAACAACAGCAUAUAUCUGUCGAAGUUUUUAAAUCUACUAUUGCUGAACUUUUUAAAGAUGCAUUAAAAAGAUAA